AUGAAGUGGAACGUCCAGAAAAUCAACUCCCUCUCUAGCGAACUGGCAGCUCUCAGAGGCAGACUUGUAGUAUUCAAUGCAGAAGUUGCUGCAGGUGCUUCAGGACUCGAUGUGCCAGCGUUGUUGGCCGGUGUAGGAAGUGCUAAGCAGACGGCUCAAAAUGCCACUAAGGUGGCUCGGCAAGAACUAGCAGAUAUUGAGCCAGUAACUCCAACUGCAUCUCCCACAACUCCACCCCUACACUCCACGCCAACAACUCCGCCUCCUACAACUCCACCGCCAACAACUCCACGCUCCUACAACUCCACCGCAACAACUCCGCCUCCUACAACUCCACCGCCAACAACUCCGCCUCCUACAACUCUACCGCCAACAACUCUGCCUCCUACAACUCAACAGCAGCGACGACAGAAAUCACAAGUUCAACAUGUUCCAGGACUGCGGCGUGGCAACCGUCAGCGUUGCCGACUCGAGGAUCGUUGGCGGCGCUGA